AUGGCUUCCGUCACGAUCGUCGCCUGCACCUGGAACCUGGGCUGCAAAAAGCAGACCGCUGCUUUGCCGGGUGCAGAUGCCUUCCGCUGGCUUGCCGAUCUUUGCCGUGGGACACGGGCAUCUUUGGUGGCUCUGGGGCUUCAGGAGUUACAUCCGGAUCAUCUGGCGCCACUCCGGGACCGAGUUCUCGAGGUGCUCCGUGAAAAGGAUGACGAAGAAGCACCUUUGGAGGUCCUGGCCUCGGUGCAUUGCGACUCUUACCUGCCGCUGCUCGUCUUCGAGCGCUCUCCGCAGAGCAACCAGGUUCUGUCAUUGCCCUUCACUUUCGAUGACAAAAAGGUCUGCUCCAAAGGCUGCAUCGCUGUGGAGUGCCCGAGGCAGGGCAUCAGCCUCUGCAUUGCCAACGCGCACUUGGAGGCUGGCCACGGCAAGACCGAGGUCCGAGAUGCGACGUUUGCGCAGAUCGGCAAAUGUGUUGAGGACAGCCAGCACUCGCUUUUCAUCGUCUUGGGCGAUCUGAAUUAUCGUCUACAGGGUUUGCCCGGGAAGACCAUCGAGGAGCCAACAAAGGCUACACCUCCCGACAAGCGCUCGCCUGACUUCUUGUCAGAGUUCGAGGCGCUCACCGGCGCAUUCGAGGAGGGCCGCUCAGCCAAUCUCUUUGAGGAACGCUGUCAGCUGCGCCAGCGCCUCCGCGAUGGAUGCCCGGCAUUCGCCGGCUUUCAGGAAGCAGAGGUGGCAUUUCUUCCGACGUACAGGCGUGCACCUGUCAGCGCAAGCCUCGAUCCAGGAGUCUGUCCCCCUGUCCGCUUCGACCGCGACGAACCGCGGCUGCCAGGGUGGUGCGAUCGCAUCCUUUGGCGCCCGGGGCGUGGCCUGGAGGUGAAAGUGGCGUCCUAUUCUUCAGUGGAGUCUGCCACAUUUUCUGACCACCGACCGGUGCACAUGGUGCUGCAUGCGAGCGUCAAGGAAGUGAAAAGCUGA